AAAGUUUUUAAAAAAAUAAUUGUGUAGAAGAAAUUUUAUAUUUUGGAUACUUUAAGGAUGUUUUGAAUUUCUACUCUACCAAUGUAUAUCACACUUUUACAAAAUUAGGAAAUGCAACUUUAAUUUAAAGUUCUUGGCAUCACCCUAUGUUGCGUCAAAAAUGUGGUAAGAUAUUAAGUAAUACCACAAGUUAUUGAAUAGAAGUAAACAGAAAGAUGAAAUAUUUGACGGUUGCAAGAAAUCAUUGGAAGAAGCUAAGUUUUGGAGCAGUCGGUCUUUCUUAUGGUGGCUUAGUAUUAAAAGAAAAAUACGAUAUAAGAUGCCACAUGAGAACGAUGAGCCAGUUAAUUUCUGGCUACACAGGCGGUACCGUAGAUCCGAAGCAUGUAUUAGUUGUGGUAAAUCCAGCAGCAAACAACAAAAAGGCAUUUAAAAUGUUUCAAAAAUAUUGCGAACCACUUCUUCAUCUGGCUGGAUAUUCCGUGAAUGUAUUUCAAACAAAUUAUGUAGGCCAUGCAAAGUCAUAUGUAGAAGAAUUAAAAACAUUGCCGGACGCGAUUGUAGUGGCUGGUGGAGAUGGAACGUCGUCUGAAGUUGUAACUGGACUAUUACGGCGUGAACAAAAUCCGUGUCCAAUACUUAUAUUACCGCUAGGAAAAACAAACAAGACUAUUUUCAAUGUAACCCCUAGUUUGGUAACUAACAACGAAGUGGAAUAUGUGAAGAGAAUGUCAGAGGCAAUUAUUCCAUUAGUUAAUGACUCUUUUCAAUACAAAAGCGUAAUCAAAUUUAAUAUUAUAAAUACAGAAAAUGACUCCGCGAACAGUAACCUAAAACCUAUAUAUGGGCUACACAAUUUUUCGUGGGGAGUAUUACGCGAUAUUGAAUCCAUUAAAGAUAAAUAUUGGUACUUUGGCCGAUUUCGACACUAUGCAGCUGCUUUCUUAAAUGCAUUCUCUAAUGAUUUGAAUUGGAAACUUUCAACUAGUUUUAUUUACUCACCACCAUGUCCAGGGUGUCGGAAUUGUUUAAUACCAGAGAAGCAAAAUGAUGAGAUCAAUAUAUUAAGAAAUUUUGUUUUUAAAAACUUAAGCCGCAAACGAAAUCCUGCCGAAUUUAUAGAAAAUGAGGACUGUAUUAAAUGUAUAGAAGGAGAAGUUGAUACAAACCAAAUGUCAGUAGUGUGCAGACACGAAGAAAAAGAUUUGCAUGAACUGGAAACUCGCUUUUUUAGCAAUUUUUCACCAGGCUUCGAUUUUAUCAAAAAUAUUUCUAAUAUAACUCGGAACGCUUUGGAACCAUCUAUGUUAUUUAAAAGCCGAGAAAUUAAAUUAUUCCCUAAACCACAAGAUCCGAAAAGUAAUUUUUGCUACUCUAUUGAUGGUGAGGAGUAUGAAGCACAUGCCAUUAAAAUGCAAAUAAUUCCAAAUGCUAUCAAAUUAAUUUGUUGAUUAAAAUGUCAAUAUAUUAUUUCAAAUUGCGGCUCAAAUAUAAAUUUUCGCAAUUAUUAACAAGCUGAAAUAGGUUUAAUUUUAAAUUCAGAGACGAUCCAAUAUCAAUGCAAUUUUCAUACAAAGUAAUCUUAAUUAUAAUGUAACAAAUAUUGUAAAUGAAUAAUAUUAUACCCAGUCGGGUAUUUUUUAUAGAAGAAAAUAGUGUAAAUAUGAAGAAAUUGUUUAUAUAAAAUGAGAGUAAUUUGAUUACGAUUUCAGUGUUUUAUGUGUGAUAACACAAAAUUAGACAUUGGAAAUUAUUGUUGGUAGUUGGUCAAAUGGUGACUGUUAGAACAAAUAUCCGUCAAAGUUCAGUUCUAUCACUUGAAUAACUGGUCAGUGUUAUACGCUUAUAAAUUAAUAAUGUAUAAAUAAAUAAAUGUAACAGUCAGAUAUAUUAAA